AUGUCGGCUCUCGUCCAGGACUCCCCCGACCGAGCCGUCACAGCCAUCGAGCCUCUGACAGGAAGCGAUAACUACGCUACCUGGAAGCGUCUCAUGACUUCCUACUUGAAAGCCAGGCAGGUCUGGGACGUGGUGUCGGGCGACCUCCAGCGUCCAGAUUGCCAGUUCAAAUAUGCCAAGCCAAUCACGGCGGAUAUCACUCCGCUUGUGGAGCCCCACCUUAAUGGGGCGGUGCGGCAGAGAGCCAUCGAGGCCCGCCUCGAAGUGGAGGUCCAAGCUUUCGAGCGUCAUAAGGAAUGGUCGAGGCGCGAAGCCGAGGCCUACCAUAUCAUUUUCCGGUAUCUAUCUCCCAAUAUCAGUGUGCACGUCGCGGGACUGGAGACAUCUCGCGAGCUCUGGAAUGAACUGGAAGAACGAUAUCGGCGUAUGGAGCUGGCCACGUUUUGCGAGCUGUUCGCCCAGCUUCGCGAAACCACGGCCGCCCGAUGCGCCAGCACACGGGAAUUUGUCGACCGUGUGCGGUUGCUGGUGCACCGGCUGAAUGCCAUUGCUCCGGGCUCCAUCGGCGACCGAGCACACAUCGCGAUCCUGCUGACACAGGUCGGACCGGAAUACGUCCUCGUCGUGGAUGCCAUCCAGAACGACAAGGACCCGGUCAAUCCGACGACGAUUGGAAACCGCCUCGCCAAUGCCGAGCAGACGGUACAGCGAAAGGACGCUGCUACGCUCCCGCACGGAGCACCAGGGUCAUCAAACAACACGUCUAUCAAUACGGUGCAGAAGGCCGCAAAGAAAUGCAGCUACUGCAAGAAGCGAGGCCAUGUGGUCGCGCAGUGCUGGAAGAAACAGCGAGAACAGCAAGAACAGCAAGAGCCCAGGGACCAUGCCCUGAAGGCUGAACGGAGUGUUUCCGGCUCACCAAGAAACAAUUUGCAAACUAUACCAUUAAACCAGGUGGAAGAACGGCAGGGCCCGCCGACUUCCAAGAGACCAAGGAUCAAUAUCGUGAGGCCGAGGGUGAUGACCCUUUAUACCCACGCACCGUCCCCACGGUGGAUCUUGGACUCGGCCGCCACUAGCCACAUCUGUUGGGACCGGAGCUGUUUUGUUAACCUGUGGUCCCACCGCGAGAUGCUGGACACGGCGGGCGAUCCAGUGGAAGCCGAAGGGAUUGGCACGGUGAAGCUCACACUCCGGGGGAAGUUCAACCACCCCCUGGUGUUGAAGAAUGUGUAUUUCGCGCCGCGUAUCGGGAUGAACCUGAUCAGCGUGCCGAAAUUACUACGAGACCGCUAUUCGGUGUUGGCACACCCGCAGAACGUCUUUGUGCAACGCCGAGGACGAACAGUGGGGACCGCCUACCAUACGGAGGAGGAUCUGUUGAUCCUGCGGUGCUAUGUGAGCCAAAGAUCCCGAGAACGAGUCCAACUGGCGAGGGCGCCGACGGACUGUGUCCAUGCAGAUUCCCUGGAACCGCAGGCGGUGGACAUGGACGUCGACGACCCUCUAGAGUGA